CAAUGCUUGCUUUUAAGGUUUUUUCAACCAUUUUUUUUUUCUUUCUUUGAAGUUAGAUAUGAGUAGGUUUGAAAAAUGUGUUCUUUUAGCGUAAGUAGUUGUUGUUGAUGAAGUUAAUGUGUGAGUUUAUUGGAACUUUGAGCUUACUUCUUGUCUUCAACUUAAAUGGGUUUUCUGGGCUGGAUGCCUGGAUCUGUGAGUUGUGAGAAGCAGGCUAUUUUCUCACUUUCUGAAGGUAAUGAACUGCUUUUGGGUUGAAGCUCUUUGAUUAGGUUCUUUCAAAACCCAUGAUUAAGCUUUUACCUUUCUGAUAAUUUUUCUUCCAGCUUCACAACCAAUAGGCCAGUAAUAUCAUUACAAAAGAUUUUAGUAUUGGUAUUUGAUAUGUUGAGGUUGCUAUUGCAGUGAUAACAUCUCUUUAGAACCAUACUUUGUUUCAAAGCUUUCCCAUCCUAGCUAGAUUGCUUAGUUCACCCUUAAGCUAGAAAGAUGCAGAAGCCUCCGCAGUCUCAAGAUUUUGCUUUGAAAGAGACCUCGCCCAACAUUGGAGCGGGGUCGGUCACAGGUGACAAGCUCUCAUGCACCUAUGACCUUGUUGAGCAGAUGCAAUACCUUUAUGUCCGGGUGGUAAAAGCAAAGGAUUUACCUGCAAAAGACGUAACUGGUAGUUGUGAUCCCUAUGUUGAAGUGAAACUUGGUAACUACAAGGGAGUCACUAAGCAUUUUGAGAAGAAGUCUAACCCUGUAUGGAAUCAAGUGUUUGCUUUCUCCAAAGAUCGAAUUCAAGCUUCGAUUUUGGAAGCUGUGGUGAAAGACAAGGAUGUUGUGGUUGAUGAUUUCAUGGGAAGGGUUAUAUUUGAACUAAAUGACAUACCGAAACGCAUUCCACCUGACAGCCCUUUGGCACCACAGUGGUAUAGGCUGGAUGAUCGAAAAGGUGAUAGGGUGAAGGGAGAGCUGAUGUUGGCAGUUUGGAUGGGAACUCAGGCAGAUGAAGCAUUUCCUGAUGCUUGGCAUUCAGAUGCUGCAACAGUUGGGCCCGAAGGUGUGAAUAACAUUCGAUCGAAGGUGUAUCUCUCCCCUAAGCUUUGGUAUGUGAGGGUCAAUGUAAUUGAAGCUCAGGACUUGUUGCCUACUGACAAGAGUAGGUACCCCGAAGUUUUUGUGAAAGUUAUCUAUGGGAAUCAGGCAUUGAGGACUAGAAUAUCACAGAGUAAAAGUAUCAAUCCAAUGUGGAAUGAGGAUUUGAUGUUUGUCGCCGCUGAACCGUUUGAAGAACCUUUAUUUUUGACUGUGGAAGAUAGAGUGGGAUCAGGCAAAGAUGAAGUCUUGGGGAAGUGUGUCAUUGCUUUACAGAAUGUGCAGAGGAGGUUGGACCAUAAACCUGUGAACACAAGGUGGUAUAAUCUAGAGAAGCAUGCAAUUGUAGAUGGGGAACAGAAGAAGGAGAUUAAGUUUGCAAGCAGGAUUCAUUUAAGGGUUUGUUUGGAUGGCGGGUAUCAUGUUCUGGAUGAGUCGACACACUACAGUAGUGAUCUUAGGCCAACAGCAAAGCAGUUGUGGAAACCGAGCAUUGGGAUUUUGGAGCUAGGGGUUAUCAGUGCAGUGGGACUGAUGCCAAUGAAGGCGAAAGAUAGCCGAGGAACCACAGAUGCUUAUUGUGUAGCUAAAUAUGGGCAGAAAUGGGUUCGAACAAGGACAAUUGUGGACAGCCUGUCUCCCAAAUGGAAUGAGCAGUACACGUGGGAGGUUUUCGACCCGUGUACUGUCAUUUCAAUUGGGGUUUUUGACAAUGGUCAUAUACAUGGGGGUGAUAAAGGGGGAAAGGAUUCAAGAAUUGGGAAAGUAAGGAUUCGGCUAUCUACACUUGAAGCUGACAGGGUUUACACACAUUCCUAUCCUCUUCUUGUCCUGCAGCCUUCCGGGGUGAAGAAAAUGGGUGAAAUUCAACUGGCAGUGAGGUUUACAUGCUCAUCUUUGGUUAAUAUGUUGCACAUGUAUUCACAUCCUUUAUUGCCAAAAAUGCACUACAUUCAUCCAUUGUCUGUAAUUCAGCUAGAUAGCUUGAGGCACCAGGCUAUGCAGAUUGUCUCAAUGAGGCUCAAUCGGGCUGAGCCACCACUGAGGAAAGAGGUGGUGGAGUAUAUGCUAGACGUUGAUUCGCAUAUGUGGAGCAUGAGAAGAAGCAAGGCUAAUUUUUUCAGAAUAAUGGGAGUAUUAAGUGGGGUGAUUGCAGUAGGAAAAUGGCUCGAUCAAAUCUGCAACUGGAAGAAUCCUCUUACAACCAUUUUGAUUCAUGUCCUUUUCAUCAUAUUGGUUCUUUAUCCUGAACUAAUUCUCCCCACUAUUUUUCUCUACCUGUUCCUGAUCGGCAUUUGGAACUUCAGAUGGAGGCCAAGACACCCUCCUCACAUGGACACCAGGCUAUCUCAUGCUGAUGCUGCUCAUCCUGAUGAACGUGACGAAGAGUUUGACACAUUCCCAACUUCACGGCCAUCAGACAUUGUUCGAAUGAGGUAUGAUCGACUGAGAAGUAUAGCAGGGAGGGUUCAGACUGUUGUUGGUGAUAUGGCAACUCAAGGCGAAAGGUUUCAGUCUCUUCUGAGCUGGAGAGACCCAAGAGCAACCACUUUGUUUGUUACUUUCUGUCUGAUUCUUGCCAUUGUUCUCUAUGUGACUCCAUUCCAAGUCGUGGCUCUUCUAGCAGGAAUUUACAUGUUAAGGCAUCCCAGGUUCCGCCACAAGCUUCCUUCAGCGCCACUCAACUUCUUUAGAAGGUUGCCUGCAAGAUCAGACAGUAUGCUAUAAGUAAUUCAGCACAACUAGCUUUCAUCACUUGUCACCACAAGUGAUUGUCUCACAAGUCUGCCUAAACUUAUUUAUGUUCUUAUAUUUAAGUUCUGUUUAUUGUAAUCAAUGCGUGUUAUUGUAUUCGUAGGAUUCAGUUUGAACAUAUCCAAUGCAGAACUAGAAUUUCGGGUGUCACUACUCACUAGACCCAUUUACCUUAUAAGCCUUCAACUCAGAACAUGCUAUAUCUGCUUUUCAAGGGCAUGGAAACACACCAGUUGAUUUGUGAAGAAUUUAGUGCUGAUUUUGAUGAGGCACAUGAUGCAUGGGUCUCUCACUCUACUGCUCUAAUUUGGAGCAAUCUUGUGAAGAAACCAUGUUUAAAUGAUUACAAUUUUUAAUAUUCUACUUUAAGUUG